UUUGGCUCCAGAUCAUUCACAAUCUCUCCUUCGAACCAAUUUGAAGUUGAACCCUUUGAGACUCUAUCACCAGCAAUCGUUAACUUACGAUGGAAUGGUCUCCUCAAGCUGCCUUGAAAGCUUACUUAGAUACUCUUCAGCUGUGUAAGUUUCACAAUGAUCAAGACUUGGUGCAAGGAAACACAUGUAGUAGUGGUAUUAUAGAACCAAAAUGCAUGGAAUUUAUAUCAGCUUUAGCAGCUGGAAAGCGAGCAAAGUUAAUGUUGCAAAUCACAUCUGAAGGUGUAACACCGCUGACGGUUUCACUUGCGGUGGCUGCAAAGCAAAGUGGAGGCCGACUGAUCGUGUGCAUUAAUAACGACGACGACGAUCAUACGGAGAAGUUUGGCAAAACCCUACUUUUGGAAAACGGUCUCGACGACGUCGUUGAAUAUGUUUACGAUACUGAUCCUUGUAGAAUGGUGAAGCAUUUCAAGAAUGUUGAAUUUGCGGCUGUGGACUGCAAGUUUAAAGAUUACUUGAAACUUUUGAAGGUUAUGAAUCUCAACCCAAAUGGGAGUAUAGUGGUGAUAAACAAUAUUGGUGUGGCUGUUAAUGGAGGUCCAAUUCUCGAUCGAGUUUUCAAGGAAAAGAAAGCAUUUAAAUAUGUGACCUUACCUUUAGGAGAAGGAAUGGAGUUCAUAAGAUUCAGAUCCAAGGGCAAGUGCAAAUCCCACAGAUAUAAGAGAUUUCAUGUAACGUUUGAAAAUUAAAAUCUUUUAUGUAUUCCUUUUCUUUGUCCUUUAAUUUAGGCCAAGAGGGUAUGGUCUAAAAGUUGUCGAAUCUUUUAAUUUAGGCCUCGUUUGGUGUCUGGAAUUGGAUUGAAUAGUUAAUCCAGCUUCUAGUUGAUAUUAUAUUCAGUGUCUGUAGAAUGAAGGAUUGGAGAUAAGUUACAGAUCAAGCUCAUUUUGGUAUCCA